AUGGCAUUCUUAACUCGACUCUCCAUCCCGCAAUUCUCCUGGACGAGUUGGACUCGGCCCAACUCUGAACUCGAGCCCUUGCUACAUGAAGAAACUUCUGGUCACAGCAGAGACUACGACGACGACGACGAUACCGGCAUCAUGGCGACCAACGACGACCAGAACAAGCCUCCUGUGGACCAGGUUGAGAACGCCCGGCCGGCCGAUGCCAACCAUCGCCGCGAUGCCGCCGCUGACCUUCUCGGCAAGUCCGGCACCUCGCCGGAGCACCGCGUCGUUGUCACGGCCGAGGAUGACAAGAAUGUGCUGAGGAGGAUCGACUUGGUCAUCCUUCCUCUGAUGCUUUUUGUGUACUUCCUCCAGGGAAUCGACAAGUCUACUCUCGCCUAUGCCUCCGUCUUUGGUCUCAUCAAGGACACCAACCUCGUUGGUGACCAGUACUCAUGGCUCGGGUCCGUGGUCUACCUCGCUCAGCUGGUGAUGCAGUUCCCGCUCGCCUGGUUGUUGGUCAAGUUGCCCAUCGGCAAGUUCACUAGUUGCAUGGUCGCCUUCUGGGGAGUUACUCUGUCGUGCAUGGCUGCCGCGCACAACUUUGGCGGACUCCUGGCUGCACGCGCCUUUCUCGGAGCCUUUGAGUCUUCGGUGGCACCUGCCUUCGUCGCCAUCACGCAGAUGUGGUGGCGUCGUCGUGAGCAGACUCUGAGAAUCAGCUACUGGUAUGCCAUGAACGGCUUCACCAACAUGUUCGGUAGUCUCAUCACCUAUGGCCUCGGUCACAUCUCCUCUCCCUUGAAGGAAUACCAGAUCAUCUUCAUGUUCUUCGGUAUCAUCACCGUCGUCUUCUCUUUCGUCAUGUUCCUUUUCAUGCCCGACUCUCCCGUGGAGGCCAAGUUCCUCAACGACCAUCAGAAGGUCAUCGCCAUCGAGCGUCUGCGCAUGAACCAGCAGGGUGUCAUGUCGCGUGAGUGGAGAUGGGAUCAUCUUUGGGAGAGUUUGAAGGAUGUCAAGACCUGGAUCUGGUUUUCUCUGGUCUUCUCCAUCUCCAUUCCUUCCGGCGGUAUCUCGACUUUUGGUCCCUUGAUCGUCCAGUCCUUCGGCUUCGAUUCCUUCCAGACGAUUCUCUUCAACAUCCCCUUCGGAUUCGUCCAGCUUGUCUCCACUGUCGGCGGCUCCUGGAUUGCGACCAAGUUCCACAAGAAGGGACCCGUCAUCGUUGGUCUUUGCAUACCACCCAUCAUCGGAUGCGUAAUGCUUAUGGUCCUUCCUAACAGCGCCAGUAAGCGGGCUGCGCGCUUGGUUGGAUACUACCUCAUCUCCGUCUACCCAGGAAUCACGCCCCUCAUCUACUCCUGGUCUGCCGCCAACACCGCUGGAGACACCAAGCGAAAGUGCACCUCAGCAGCCCUCUUCAUCGGCCAGUCCGUGGGAAACGUCAUCGGUCCCCUCCUCUACAAGCCAUCCGAAGCGCCAAAGUAUACUCGCGGUCUGACCUCAAACCUUGCCCUCUACUGCGUCAUCAUCGUUCUCGUCGGCCUCGCUAGCGUCUACCUCGCAUGGCUUAACAAGUCGCACAGCAAGCGCCGUGUGGCAAUGGGCAAGAGCGCAGUCAUCAUUGACACCAGUCUGUUCUCUGCGGAGGAGGCUGAGAGGAUGCAGCAGGCGGGUCAGCCGGCUGGCGGAGAUGGCCAUGAGAUGGCGGCGCCUGGAGAGGAUGGCGCCGGCGAUGUUGGAGCGAGGGCUUUUGACAACUUGACUGACCUGCAGAACGAAGAGUUCGUUUUCGUGUUCUGA